AGCGAACUUCAAUAUUGUUGUGCGCUGCGGUCAGGGCAGUGAGCUCACUGCGAACAGCUGCGAACACUCAGGCUGCAAAACUAAUAUGAUGUAGGCCAUCUUUCGAUCAGGAAUGUACGUGUAUAGCCAGACUGUUCACACCGGUUGCGCAGUAUAGUGUAGUUUAGUGCCGCAGCUCUUAUGCCGAGGCGCUGCGCAAACAAACGCUUGAUAUAUAUCACUGGUCUCGCAGUGAGAUCCUCAUACAUCUCCUUUAACUUCCUCUCCCCGCCAGAAACACCUAUUCAGCCAGCAUCGAUGAUGAUUCUCGAGAAGGGGGUUCUUCCACCCACGCCGUCGGUGGUGGAUACCAAGGAGUCCGAGAAGCCACCUCCCUAUACCAGUCCAGAGCCGUCCUCCUCCUCCACUCAAACCCCACAACUUCCACCAGCAGUCCGUGCCAACAACUCUCUGUUCCAAUCGCUUGUGCAGCAGCAGGUCAAUCAUCUGUAUCUACACUCCAGGCACAACCCUAUAUCAGAAUUACCUCCUCUGGCUAUCGGAUGUGACCGACCCAAGCAAUGUGGCCGCGUUCCCCUUGAUGGUCAGAACAAGCGAUUGUUCAAACAACCACAUACACCAAACGCUUCAUUCCAAACGCGACAUGGUGCAAUAUCCCUGAACCUCGCCACGGCAGGCAGUACCGAAGAUAUUACAAGGACAUACGUUCAGACGAACAGCAGGCAUGGCAAGAUUAACGUCAAUCUAUUCGCACUCCAACUACACAAGCAUAUCUGCCUUGAGGUAGCCACAAGGCAUGGACACAUUGUCGUUUUCUUGCCACAAUGUUUUCAAGGAGCCAUUCAAAUCCGCUCUCGUCGGGGUAACGUCAACUUUCUUCCAGGCUUUGCACAAUCUGCGCGCGUCGUUAGCGGCAAUGAUCGUUUUGCCCUCGUGCUCUUCGGAAUCAACAAUCUUACGCUAUCUGACCUUGAUAGCGAUGCACUCGAUGUCUGCCUGCUCAGCACCCGACACGGGAAGAUAACCAUCGGCAUUAGUGGGGUUGACACAUACGAUGAUUCGCAGUCUACAAAUCUUCUGGUGAAAAAGCUCGGUUCCUUGUCUACGAUGAUUUUAGGUACGGACGUUACUCGGUAAACUUCAUAAGUCAUGCGGUUUUUGCUUCCGGACGCUUAUCAUAAUCGCUGUUGUAGUUAUAUCCAGUCCUGGCCGGUUAUUCAUGUACCAUUACACGCGUAACCAAAACGCCGUUAUGGACGUUGUGGAUAUGCAUGAUCUAGAAACGGGU